ACGGCAGGCCCAGCGUGCGGUUGUAGCAACAGUGCGCGUAACGUGCGUCUGUUCUCUUCGCUCAAUCCACAAAGAAAAAGGUCUGGUGGUUACUGAUAUUGACGCUCAAGUGAUUUGUGUCACGUGAUUCAACCAAGAAGCAAGUGUUUCUAAUUCCUCAAAAUGUGUGACGACGAUAUUGCUGCGUUGGUCGUUGACAAUGGGUCGGGUAUGUGCAAGGGUGGCUUUGCUGGUGAUGAUGCCCCCAGAGCCGUGUUUCCCUCCAUUGUUGGAAGGCCAAGACACCAGGGUGUGAUGGUUGGCAUGGGCCAAAAGGAUAGCUAUGUAGGUGACGAGGCUCAGAGCAAGAGAGGUAUCCUGACCCUCAAGUACCCCAUCGAGCACGGCAUUGUCACCAACUGGGACGACAUGGAGAAGAUCUGGCACCACACCUUCUACAACGAGUUGCGGGUGGCUCCCGAGGAGCACCCGGUGCUGCUGACUGAGGCCCCGCUCAAUCCCAAGGCCAACCGGGAGAAAAUGACACAGAUAAUGUUUGAGACGUUCAACACGCCGGCCAUGUACGUCGGAAUUCAAGCCGUGCUGUCUCUCUAUGCCUCUGGCCGCACCACCGGUAUUGUGCUCGAUUCUGGGGACGGCGUGUCCCACACUGUGCCUAUCUACGAGGGCUACGCACUACCCCACGCUAUCCUGAGGCUUGACCUAGCCGGCAGGGACCUCACGGAUUACAUGAUGAAGAUUCUCACCGAACGAGGCUACUCCUUCACAACAACAGCCGAGAGAGAAAUUGUUCGCGAUGUCAAGGAGAAGCUGUGCUUCGUCGCUCUCGACUUUGAACAGGAGAUGGCCACCUCCGUGUCUAGCUCAGCUCUUGAGAAGAGCUACGAGCUUCCUGAUGGUCAGGUUAUCACCAUUGGAAAUGAGAGAUUCAGAGGUCCAGAGGUCAUGUUCCAACCGGCAUUCAUCGGAAUGGAGGCGUGUGGCAUUCACGAGACCUGUUACAACAGCAUCAUGAAGUGCGAUGUGGACAUCCGUAAAGAUCUCUACGCCAACGUUGUGCUGUCUGGCGGCUCCACCAUGUACCCCGGCAUUGCUGACAGGAUGCAGAAAGAAAUCAGCGGCUUGGCACCCAGCACCAUGAAGAUCAAGAUCAUCGCUCCUCCUGAGAGAAAAUACUCCGUGUGGAUCGGCGGUUCCAUUCUGGCCUCACUUUCCACUUUCCAACAGAUGUGGAUCAGUAAACAAGAGUAUGACGAAUCUGGGCCUAGCAUUGUCCAUCGCAAGUGCUUCUAAAUGUUCCACGACAGACAUUACCUUGCUCCAGUUAGUUUUUUGUGGUUACUUCCGGUGUUCUUGUUCAUAUUUUCAACAUUGAAUGUUAAACUUCAAAAUGAACAUGAGAAAAAGAAAUUGGUCAAGUUAAUUGUUUCAGAUCGGUCACGAAAAGAAUACAAAGCUUAGUCAGGAGUGUGCCAGGAUGCACUUGAAAUUUUUUCACAAACUAAUUCCAUUUUCAAUCAUUUUUCUUCCUUCUGAGAAAGUGUAAUUUUCACAAAAUGUCCAUUGAAAUGUUGAAGCCAAUAAGUUUUUGUUCACCCCACUGGAAACAGGCUUCCAUAAUGUGGAGCAAUCUCACUUACUGCAAACACAAACAUCACCAAUCAAAUUCUGAAGACUACUGAUGUCGGCAUUACCCCUAAUGUCGGCUUUUUUGCCGGGCACAAUUUUCAUAAGAUUACAUUUUUUUUUCAGAGGGACAGUAUUGCGCUAAAGGUUUUUUCCCGAGUCCCUCAGUGCAGUAAAAACUGAAAAACAGUGUAAAAUCAAUCCUGAGUAACACGGCUCCACUACUACCCUGAUCAAGCAGGAAUAGAAAUGUUUGGUCUAGGACCUUUUUGCUAACACUUCAACACCCUUGACCUUCCUUUUUGUUCAAAUGCUCAGCCUCCUGUCCAUAACCAAUUAACUUAAAUGUUCUGACCAAACUUGACUCACGCUGGAUUCAAAAUUCCCGUUGUUUGAGUUGAAAAAUGACUUUACAGUGACAUCGGAGUUUGCAUAAAUCAUAAGCAUAAAAGGUGAAAUUUAUAACCUCACAUACUGCACACAAUACCUCAGUAGAAUGAAAAUUGUGCUUCAAAGAAUACAAACUUUUUGGAUUUUGAGUUGGUUGCAAGUGUGAUUAACAGUUUUGAUUCAAACUCCAAAAUUUGACGGUGUUACUGAUAAAAAAAUUAGUUGAUUGCUAAUGACACUCUAAAUGAUAUUGCUGUCCAAAGCUCUUUGUAAGUUGGUAACGUGAAAAAUACAAAGUCAGUAAACCUGAAUACCUGUUCAGAACUAUUAAAAAAAAAAGGUUUCCUGUUUGUUUUGCCUGAUCCAA